AUGGAGGACUUGGAAAACAAUACUACUGUCUUCUCCACCCUGAGGUCUCUCAACAACUUCAUUGCACAGCGUGUGGAGGGGGUGUCUGGGCUGGCUACGCCAGGAUCAUCGCAAAGCUCUUUGCAAAUGCAGUACCAGCAGAGGGUGCAGUUGGAAGAACAAGCUGGGCAGAUCCAUUCCAAAUCUCAGCUCCUGCAGGUGGAACGAGAGAAGAUGCAGAUGGAGCUUAGCCACAAAAGAGCUCGCAUUGAGCUAGAGAAGGCAGCUAAUACUAAUGCCAGGAACUAUGAGCGAGAGGCUGACCGUAACCAGGAACUGCUCACACGCAUAAAGCAGUAUCAGGAAAGGGAAAUGGAAGCUGAAAAUAAACUGAAAGAACAAAUGGAGAUGAACAAAUCCUAUAAAAAGAGCAUGGAGACCAUGAGCAAGAAGCUGCAAGAGAAGGAGAGCAAAUUAGCUGAAGCUAAUGAAACGAUCACUGUAUUAAAAGGGAAAAUAUCUGAGCUGCAAUGGAAUAUAAUGAAUCAAGAGAUGCAGAUGACAAGCCAAGACUCUCAGAAGCAGGAGCUGAUGGAACAGCUGGAAGUUCAACACAAAAAAUGGCAAGAAGCUAGUCAGCAAAUCCAGACACUGCAAGCAAGCCAAUCCCUGCUGGCAGAAUAUGAACAGAAGAUUAAGGAUCUGGAACAGAAGCUUUCCCAGCAGGAACAUGAUGCUUUAAUUGUCAAGAACAUGAAGGCAGAGCUGGCCCGCUUCCCAAAAAUGGAGCGAGAAUUGCGCCAGCUCAGGGAGGAAAAUGCCUAUUUCAGGGAAAUGAAAGAAAACAAUGGAUUGCUUAAAGAGGAGGUGGAAGGUCUGCAAAGGAAGCUGGAACGCUAUGAGAAACUCCAAGCACAGCUGGUGACCCUGGAAUUGGAGAAUGAGAAACUUCUGGGAAAAUUAAAAAGCUGGGAGAAACUGGACCAGAGCACUGGCUUAAAUAUCAGGACACCUGAUGAUCUCUCAAGGCAAAUUGUGGCUCUGCAACAAAGGGAGCUUGUGCUGAAAGAACAGAACUCCACCAUCACAAACAGUGCCAGAAUACUGGAGAAGGCCCGGCAGCAGCUACAGGAAGAAAUAAUACGGGUUCAGAGCCAGCUGCUGGAUGAGAAGAAGAAGCGUGAGCAGCACGAAGCCCUGGUCAGGCGGCUGCAGAAGCGUGUGCUGCUGCUCACCAAGGAGCGGGAUGGAAUGAGAGCAAUCCUGGAGUCGUACGAUAGCGAGCUGACGCCUUCAGAGCACUCGCCCCAGCUGAACCGGCGGAUGCGUGAGGCAGAGGAAAUGGUACAGAAGUUGCAUGCUCAUAACGCUGAGCUGGAGGUUCAGCUGUCUCAAGUUCUAGAAGAAGUGGGAAACCAGAAGCAAAGAGCAGAUAUGCUGGAGGUGGAGAUGAAGGUCCUGAAGUCUCAGGAGUGCACAGCUGACCAAAGUGUCUUCGUCACUAAGGAGGAAGUUGACGCGCUCAGGCUGAAAAUUGAAGAGCUGGAAGCUGAACGCAGCAAGCUGGAAGGGGAGAACAGAGCUCUGGAAAUGAAACUGGAGAAGCUAACUCUGCAGGGUGACUAUGACCCCAGCAAAACCAAAGUUCUUCAUUUCAGCAUGAACCCGGCGAGCCUGGCUAAGCAGCAGCGCAAGGAGGAGCAGCAGCAGCUCCAGGAGGAAUGUGAGCGGCUGCGGGAGCUUGUGCGAGUGCUGGAAGGAGGUGGCUCCAUCCCGGAGAAGCUGGAAGGGGUUGGCGGUUUCCAGUCACCACAAGAAAUUGCAGAGCUGAAGAAGCAAGUGGAAAGUGCAGAACUAAAAAACCAGCGUCUGAAAGAAGUUUUUCAGACGAAGAUCCAGGAGUUUCGCAAGGUGUGCUACACGCUAACGGGGUACCAGAUUGACAUCACGACUGAGAACCAGUAUCGACUCACUUCGAUUUAUGCCGAGCACCAAGGGGACUGCCUGCUCUUUAAGGCCUCCAGCUCCUCUGGUGGGAAAAUGCAGCUUCUGGAAACCGAGUUCUCUCGAACCAUCCGGGAGCUCAUUGAACUCCACCUGCUUCGCCAGGACAGCAUCCCAGCCUUCCUCAGCGCCCUCACCCUUGACCUUUUCAGCCGCCAGACCAUCGCUUAGCUUGCACCGGUCCCACCAACACCCACCAGCCAGGCGAGCAGCACCCCUGGACAGGAUAGUGACUCACCCCUGGUGUUCAUAAGGUAGCGAGGACAAAUUUUCCGCUCCCACCCUUAAGCCAUGACAUUGAGUGGCUUUUGUCUUUUGGGGAACUCCUUCUCCCCUCUUCUUCUAUGCUGAUUCCCUAACCCCCACCUGCUUCCUCAUGCUCUUUUGAAAAGCAACAUCUGCCUCAUAUGGAAGAGCAAAUCUAGCUCUAUCCCAGGGCUCUCCUGUGCCAAACCACACAUGUGAACUGUAAAAUGUGUUUAAACUCCCCGAAGUGUCUUACCGUCUCUCUGGGAAGUAGGUGGGAACUGCUGGUUUAAGGAGCCACAGCCUUGCUAUUCACAGCUUUUCCCAAGAGGAUCCUCCAAAUCAGGGCCCCAGCAGACAAACAAAACAUGGGUGUUUAGGAAGGCUGGUGUUCCCUGGCCCCAUGGUUAAUGAAUUGUCCUCUCCUAACAGGAGCAAAGGGGUUAGUCCCUGAAGAUAGGGCACUGGUGAAGGAUCAGAGUCAUGAGUUAGCAAGUUCAUUUCAAAAACCUCCUGCUCUCACAAAAAGCUCAUCACUCAGCAGGGUUGAAAUUAUUUUCAAGAUAUUGCCUCUAAUUACCUGAGUCUAAGCCCCAGAGUGCCAGCCCCAGGUCUGCUGUCACUCAGCACACAAGCACAAGCAUUAGUGGACUUUUGAAGACUCUAUACCUGUAUUGACACCUCUCUGUCACAUGGUGUGCUCCAGUGUCAUGGAUGUGCUUUUUGUUCCUCACCAAGACUCUUGGGUUAUCUCAGGAAUGCAGAUGGUGGGAGGGAUCUCCUCAAGGUGCAUUCACUUUACUGCUGGUUUUAGCCCGCUGCCUGUGACCAGGCUGUGGGUAUCUGCCCACCUUGCUGGGAGUGUCCCCCUUCCCUUGGAAGUGUUUCUCCUCUGUGGAGGAUACAGCACCCACUGAAGUCUGACAUCUUGUGUUGCAAUGGAGAUACCCCUUUUAUCCUAAGAAUAAAGUGU